AUGAGCUUGUCAUCAUCGAUAUGCAAUGAUAGCCAGCAGAAUGAAGAUGGCUCAUCAUCUCCGUCAGAUCAUGAGUACCCCGAUCCGGAUACUGCCGCCUACGUAACGAGUUAUCCAUGGCUCACGAGAAAUGAAGCGAGUCCAAUUAACUUACAGCACGACUCCUCAGAUGCUGCUAGCAGUAGUGGAUCAUCGGGAGCACUCCUAGAAGAGAAUGGUGUUCACGCUAGGAAAGGCCUCCAGGACGAUGGCGAUAUGGACUCGGAUUACCUGAAUUCUGAUAUUGCGCUUAGUCAAGAUGAAAACAUGUCCGAUGGAUCUUUUGAUGGGGAAGCAGCAGAUUGUGAGGACGAGACAGGAAACGCACGUUUGCCGCACAGACUACUCUCGCUUAAUUUGACAAGUCAUGGACGAGAGGCUGAUAUUGGAAGCACGGGUGAAAUUUUGGGUUCAAGCAGGCGAAAACGUGCUUCUAAAGGUCGUAGAGGGGGCAAGAGGGGCUUUCGUAAACCUCUUGAACCUGGGGUGGAAUUUAAAGCGCAUUUCUCUAAAGCCACCAUGGCUUUCACAAAGCGGAAUUUCGAUGAGGCCGAACUUUUUACCUUGAAAGCUCUCCAGUUCAAUCCUGAGAUGUUCGAGGCGCACAAUUUGCUCUCCGAAAUACACGCUGGCCGCGGUGACAAGGAAAAGGCACUGAGUGCCGCCUGGAAUGGAGCCCAUCUACGACCAAGGGACGCCCAGAUGUGGAUGCGAAUCGCAAGCCUUAUCCUCGAACGUGAUAGUCAGGAUAGGCAAACUGUUUUGAGAGAUGCUCUAUAUUGCUACACUCGCGUUCUUUCUGUGGAUCGGCACAAUAUCGAAGCUAGGUAUCAAAGAGCCGCCCUCAACCGCGAAUUAGGGUAUGAACGAAAGGCAAUUGGAGAGUAUGAAUAUAUGCUAAAGUACUUGCCGUGUGAUAUGACUGUCCUGCGACAUUUAGCAGAAGUCUACAUUGAGUUGAACGCCGCGGACAAGGCUCUGCACCAUUAUGAAGACACAAUUGGGCGUAUCGAGUCGACGCCUGGAGCUAGUAUGAGUCUUUCAUGGUCCGACAUUAACAUUGUUGCUGAGCUGUACAUCACCUCGCAGCAAUUUAUGGAAGGUCUAUCUAGGUUAAAGUACCUAUCUCGCUGGAUGCUUGGUCGCAAAGAUGACUUGUGCUGGGAAAACUUUGCGAGCGAUGACAGAGAAUGGGAUUAUGCGAAUGAGCCUCGUCGAGCGACGACUGUGGGAUUUGUAGAGGGUCAAUUUACAACUCGACAAUAUGGCGACGGGCUUCCUCUAGAGUUGCGAAUCAAGUUUGGCAUAUGCAGGCUGUUUUCGGAAGAGCAUGGUUUGACAGAAGCUAUGCAACACUUUGAUUGGCUUGAGCCUUCUCUAGCCGGCCCUGAAGCAAAAGUCUUCAAUUAUCCCGACCUUUUCCGUGAGGUCGCCUAUGCUCUUUCGGAACAAAACUGCUACAGGGAGGCUUUGCUGUUUUAUGAACCUUUACGAAAUGUCGAGGGCUAUGUUGACUCCACGUACUUGAUGAAUACGGCUUCUUGCUACAGAUCUGUCGGCGAGAGAGCAGCAGCGGAAGAGUGCUACAAAGCGAUUCUUGACUUAGACAUUUCGUUCACGGAAGCUCGAAUCGCCUUAUGGAACAUGGAGAAGGAGUACAAGGAGCAAAGUAACAAAGCUAGAGGCUGUGUUAUUCCAGUGCAAAAGCAGGUGCCGCGAGGUCAAAAGGCAACAAUGGCAAUCAAACGUAGAAACACACUCCACCCGCUAAUGCCAAAAUCUCUACCAGGGUCUGGAAAGGCGCUAUCCACAUCUUUCUCAACCUAUCGUGGAACAAAUCAUCGGCCUUCCGAACAGAGGGCAGAGGUCCAGGCUUUGUAUGCUCGCUGGAGGACCGCACAUGCUGGUGACCUCGUUGUGUCAGAACGAAAUUCUUGGCUUGAAGCCUCUAAGUUACUACUCCAAACUUUUCGGGACGAGAAAGUAUUCUACCCUAGUGAUAGGAGCACUAGAUUUUAUGGCUACUCAAAAGAAGCCCGAGUCAUAGCUAAUCUGUCGAAAAGCGACCAGAGCGCUUUGAAAUCCAAAUCAAGAUCUAAUAUUGGUAUGGAAGCCUUUCAGUAUCUAAAAGGGCUAAUUAAUGGAAUGUGCACAGUCACCCUAGAUGGAGAAGAGAUGACAAUACCCGACACGUAUAUGGACAUCUCAUUCUCGGAGUGGCUAAAUAUUUUCCUUGAGACAAGCCUUGAACAGGCAGGCGAGGGUCAUCUGAAAUCUGCAUAUGGGAAUGUCGAGAGCGCUCUUCGAGCUAACGUGUUCUAUCAUUCUCAUGACGCUCUCUUCCUCAUUCAUGUUUGCUGGUUCAACUAUUUUCUCCGUGCUCUAGCCAUUGAUUCCCAAAAUGCGACGAUUAAAUUUUCAUUGGCGAUGUCUUACGUGCAUUGGGCUUUCAAGCGACAGGCAGAGAAUCGCCACCAUAUAGUGAUGCAAGGCCUCGCGUUCCUCAAGGAAUAUUACGAUAGUCGGCGGGAGACAAAUGAUUUCUCCCAGCAACAAGAAGCUGAAUUCAAUGUUGGACGUGCUUAUCAUCUGCUAGGAAUGACACAUCUAGCCAUCCCGCACUAUGAAAAAUGCUUGCAGCUUGGCAAAUUCGAUAAUUUGGAACAGACUGACGACGAAGGGGAAGACUUCAGCCAAGAGGCAGCGCUCGCUCUGCAAACACACUGGGCUGCUAAUAGUCACUGGGCCCGGGCACAUACAGUUACUCGCACAUGUCAUGCCAUUCGAGGCCUAACUUACUUUCAACGCCCUUUUGCGGCCUGGAAUGUGAAACCCUCGAGCAAAAUGGACUACGAUGCAUUGAAAGACCAGUGGAGCGAGGUGGAGGAUCGUGAUGGCAUUAGAUUGAGCUGGAAUACGUUUCCAAGUACAAGAAUGGAAGCCUCGCGCCUCGUCGUACCUAUAGGAGCAUUGUAUACCCCAUUGAAGGAAAAACCGGACACCCCUGUGCUUAGAUAUGAACCGGUUACUUGCAAGCAGCCAUGCAGAGCCGUCUUGAAUCCUUUCGCCACUGUCGAUACACGGGCUCGUUUGUGGAUUUGUCCGUUCUGUUUAUCUCGGAACCAGCUCCCUCAACAUUACAAAGACAUCACGCAAGACAAUAUUCCUCCCGAAUUGCAUCCAUCCAGUACAACCAUAGAGUACAAGCUCUCACGCCCAGCCCCCGCGCCUCCCAUUUUCGUCUAUGUGGUUGAUACUUGUCAAGAAGAGGAUAGUCUAAAGGCUCUAAAGGACUCGCUGGUAAUGAGCCUGAGUCUGCUGCCUCAGAACGCGCUUGUGGGGCUCAUCACAUAUGGAACCAUGGCACAAGUGCAUGAAUUAGGCUACACCGAGUGCGCAAAAUCUUACGUGUUCCGGGGGAGCAAGGACUAUACUGCAAAACAGGUACAGGAGAUGCUCGGUCUUUCCCCUUCGGCUGGGAUGCGACCAAAUGUGCCUGCCCAGCCCGGACGACCAGCGGUAGUCAACCCAGCCGCGAGAUUCCUCCUUCCGGUACAGCAGUGCGAGUUCCAACUUACAAACGCACUUGAACAAUUACAGAAGGAUCCUUGGCCUGUGGCGAACGAUAGACGCUCGCUCAGAUGUACGGGUAUAGCUCUCAGUGUCGCCGUUGGCCUUCUUGAGUCUCUAUUUCAAAAUGCUGGAGGCCGUGUAAUGCUCUUCGCUGGAGGCCCUGGAACCGAGGGUCCUGGUCAGGUAGUAGGCCCAGAACUUCGCGAACCAAUAAGAUCUCAUCAUGAUAUCGAUCAUGACAACAUCAAGUACUACAAGAAAGCCUUAAAGUUCUAUGACAACCUUGCAAAGCGAACCGCGCAUAACGGACAUGUUAUCGAUAUCUUUGCUGGCUGUCUUGACCAAGUGGGAUUACUUGAAAUGAAAGGGCUGCCAAAUUCGACGGGAGGUCAUAUGAUACUGACAGACAGUUUUACUUCGUCGCAAUUCAAGCAGUCAUUCGUUCGAGUCUUUGACAAGGAUGCCGAGGACAGCCUACUAAUGGGCUUUAAUGCAUCCCUGGAAGUUCUGGCGACGAAAGAACUGAAAGUGACCGGACUAAUCGGUCACGCAGUCUCACUAAACAAAAAAUCUCCCAUAGUCGGCGAUACUGAAUGUGGCAUUGGCAACACUUGUUCUUGGAAGAUGUGUGGUAUUGAUCCGACAGCGAGCUAUGGUAUCUACUUUGAAAUAGCAAAUCAAGGGGGACCUGCCCAGCAUCAGCAGGGACCCCAGAAGGGAAUGCUACAGUUCCUAACCUAUUAUCAGCAUUCUUCCGGUCAAUUUCACUUACGGGUGACUACUGUUGCUCGUAGUCUAAGUGGACCAGCUGGUGACCCAGCUAUCGCUCAGUCAUUCGACCAAGAAGCAGCAGCCGUACUCAUGUCACGGAUAGCAGUCUUCAAAGCUGAAGUUGACGAUGGGCCAGAUGUGCUUCGCUGGGUGGAUCGAAUGCUGAUUCGGCUGUGCGCGCGAUUUGCAGAGUAUCGUAAAGAUGACCCGUCAUCUUUUAGGCUUGAAAAGAAUUUCACCCUGUACCCUCAGUUCAUGUUCCAUUUGCGUCGAAGCCAUUUCUUACAGGUCUUCAACAGCUCACCAGACGAGACUGCAUUCUAUAGACAUGUUCUGAACCACGAAUAUGUUGGAGACUCUCUUGUUAUGAUCCAGCCUACCUUGGACUCUUAUACUUUCGACCAGGAGGGUAGUGUGCCCGUUCUACUUGACUCGGCAUCUAUACAGCCUACGCACAUUCUUUUGCUGGAUACGUUCUUCCAAAUCCUCAUUUUCAAUGGCGAGACUAUUGCUCAGUGGAGGAAAGCCGGAUAUCAGGAUCAAGAUGAUUAUGCAAAUUUCAAGACCCUGUUAGACCAGCCGAAGGAAGAUGCUCGGGAAUUGGUGCAAGACCGGGGCUCCCAAGCCCGCUUUCUUCUGUCGAAACUCAACCCAUCAACAACACAUAUAACCAAUGCCUAUGGUGGUGCCCAGUCGGCUCAGACGAUAUUCACCGAUGAUGUAUCCUUGCAAAGCUUUAUGGACCACCUUAUGAAACUCGCAGUAUCUGGGAGUAGCUAA